AUGAAACAUUUUACAAAAUUGUUUCUGGCCCUAGCCACUGGCCUUUAUUACUUGUGCCAUUGCUACAACAAACAAGAUCACACCAAAAACGUUGUUCAGGCCCUCCUUGUGAGAGUCGCCCGUGUGGCCCGGUCUUGCUGUCCCAGCUGGCCCAGGUUAGUUGCCUUUGCUUUGAACCGGCAGCUAUGCUGUUACCAUGAUGGCAUAGAAUACCUGGAUAGUGAGGUGUUCAGUCUGAAGCAGAACCCCGGUAUUCAGUGUGUCUGUAAGCAAGGCAACACCACAUGCAGUAAGCGUCUGUGUCCAGUGCUCAACUGUCCUGAGGAGAAGAUCUACUUCGAUGGCACUGACAAAUGUCCCAAAUGUAAAGGUCAGAGAAUGGUGUUCGACACUCCAAGGUCUUGCUUUUUUGCGAAGCGAGUGUUCGCCAGCGGGGAGAGACACGUUCUGGACAAUUGCACAUCUUGUGUUUGUGUGCAAGGGACAAUGAUAUGUGAUCGGCAGCAAUGUCCUGAACUUGCUUGUUCUCCGAAAGAUCAAAUUAUCAUGACUGGCAUGUGUUGUCCUACCUGCAAGAAAAGACUGUCUUGUCCUGUGGCAAAUGAAACCAUGAAGCAUGAGCAGACUUGGCAGCGAGACAAAUGUACCACGUGCACGUGCAGGGACGGUGCUGUACGGUGCGCCCCCAAAUGGUGCCCACACACAAGUAUCUGCCCAGAUGAUUACAGGCUACGCUAUAGAGAACACCACUGCUGUCCUGUGUGUACGAGAAGUAAGUUCACAGAUCACUAUGACGGUAUCUGCACACUUCAUGGACAAAGAUCGGAUGUGAUCGGCACGUUUGAUGGGAAAACUUACAACAUAGACGGCUUCUGUACUCACGACCUAAUUAGAGACUGCGCUCAUGGCCAUUUGACGGUCAAGGUCAAAUACAAAACAAAAAGUGGAGUUCAAAAACACAUCGAUAUUGUCACUAUACGAUUCGGCUCCACCAGCAUCAAGUUGUACAAAAGUUCAGAAAUUCGAAUAAACAGAACAAAUCUGUUUUCGAAUCACUUUAAUUCAAACAAUUUUUCUCUCAAGAUUCAACCAUCUCAGAUUAUUGUGAAAGUAAAGGCCGGAAUACAUGUCAACUGGAAUUUAAACGAUCGUUUAAGCAUCAAGAUCAGCGGAAGUUACUUCCAGACCGGAAGCUUGUGUGGUUUGUGCGGGGACUUCGACGGCGACGAGAGCAACGAUCUUGUGAAUAAGAAAGGUCAUAUGGUGGAAGAUGCCAGCCUGAUGGCUUUCACUUGGGUGCGAGGGAAGCUGUGCAAGCAGCACUUACCGGAGACUGAUCGGGGUUCUUCCGUUGGAAAAAAACAUUUCUCAAUCCGCUAUCCCUAUCACAAAAGUAGACUCGCUGUCAAGUUUGGACAUCAGAAGCAGAUUGAUUUGUUGGGCUUUUCACAAGCAGGACCCAGCAAAACCUCCCGACAAUUUGAAGGAGGCAGACUUAACAACAACCUUAACAACACCAAUGAUACAAGUUUGAAUUACACUUCAUCCCUGAAUGAUUCAUCCGCACUGGAAGACAGUAGUCCACCUGCCAUAUCCAACUUUUCAGAGGUCAACAUGGACAACGGAGAAACACAUUUUUCUGUGGAUAUUGAAAGCGAUAUUGAAAACAAUAUUACAGAACGAACGGUUGCGGCAGAGUACAACACGAGCGCUGAAGAUAAAACAACACUUUAUCCAACAGCAUGUUACAUUAAUUCCUUAGAGUGGAUGAAAGCACGCGAUAAAUGCCACAGGAUCAGUAGCUUGCAGCUGAACAAUUGUAGCAGUGGCUUCCACAAUGCCGACUUUAUAAGGUAA